AUGAGAGAGGCAGACUUGGAUGACCGCAUUCCGCGUGCAGAAACGUAUAAAGGCUCGCUGAGGUUUGCCCGUGGAUUGCCAUCCCGCCGAAUACUCUUCAGGGCACCGAUAACUCAAGCAACCUCUUCAACUCAUCUUCCACUCAUCCUCAUACACAACAUGAUGUUCAAGCUCUCCGCUGCCUUCCUCGCUGUCGCGACGCUCUUCGUCACUGUCAAUGCGCUCGCCGACAACCCCGUGGAUGCUUGCAACGGCUCCAACCACUACGGCGUCGGCCAUAGCUGCGCCUUCAAGACGUCAGACGGCAGCACUUCCCAAGGCACUUGCCAGACCGACUCUUCUGGAGACCUCGUCUGCAUCCCCAACUGA